UGGCAACGCCGCUAAACCCUUGUUGCUCCUCCUCGUCCGUCGAGCAGUCUCGAUAGCGAGAGAAAAACACUAAUCGUCGCCGGAAUCAAAUUCUCCGGAGUAAAUCAUGGCCGCUUCUGAAGCUCCUCUAUGUUACGUAGGCGUUGCCAAGAAAUCCGCCGCCUUUCGUCUCAUGAAACAAAUGGGAUGGGAAGAAGGCGAAGGUCUUGGUAAGGACAAACAAGGGAUCAAAGGUCACGUUAGGGUUACGAACAAACAAGACACUCUUGGUAUUGGUUUAGAGAAACCGAACGCUUGGGCAUUUGAUACUGCACAGUUUGAUAGUAUUCUAAAAAAAUUGAAAGUGCAAGCAAUAGAAGUAAAAAAUGAUGAAGUUGUUGGGGAGAAGGAUGAUCAUGAAACAAAUUCACCGAAGGACAAUAGUGAAACAGUUAUCAAGGCUACACGGCCCCAAGGAAGAUACAAAAGAAGAGAAAGAGGAAAGCUUGUAAAUGCAUACUCCGCUCAGGAUCUUGAAGGAAUUCUUGUCAAAAAGGUUGAUGAUUGUCCAGGACCUGAGUCUGUUUUUGAUGAAGAUGGAGACUUAGAGUUGGUAGAAGCAUCCGAUAACCUCAAAGCAGAAGUUAAAGAUGAAAAAGACAUUUCCCCCGAGUGGUGGGGCAACAAAUUUGGGUUUGUGCCUGGAGGAUUACUCAGAGCUCAAUCCAAAAGAAAGAAGUCUCGAACAACAGAUGGUGCUCAAAAUUGUAACGAUAGGACUGCAUUUCAUGAAGAGGAUCAAGAAAAUCUUUACAAACUUGUACAAGAUAAAGCAACUUCCGGAAAACAGGGACUUGGUAUUAAGGACCGUCCAAGGAAAGUUGCCGGGGUGCACUUUCAAGGGAAAAAAACGUCUUUUAGCGACAGUGAGAGGGAAGAAUCCGAAUCUGAAGAUAAUAUCUCAGAUUCCCAGAAGUUUGAUGAAUCAAAAGUGAAGCUAAAGAAAUUGUGCAGAAAGCUUCUUUGUCAAGCACCUGAGAAGUCAUUGAAGCUUAAACAACUUAAAGUUCUUGUUGAUGAACAUUGUUCCAUUUUUUCCAACUUUUCUUCAAAAAAAGAUAGUCUUGCAUUUUUGAGAAAAAAGCUUGAACGCAGUAAAAAGUUCACCGUAGAAGGAAAGAGAGUCCGUCUCUCCUCAAAAUGAGAACAAAACUUUCGGACCAAGUUGAGUGUAGGGUUCGCAAGACAUGUUAGUUACGUAGUUGCAUUCAGUAUAGAUUUGAUUGAUAUAGAGGUUAGGUCUGUGUAAACAAAAAAGAGGAUGAGGUUUUUAUAUGACCUUCCACAAUGGUAGUUUUUACAAGUCACUCCAUUUUUUUUGCU